GCGGGGCUGCGGGCGCUCCCCCUUCCCCGGGCUCCAGCCGGCGCAGGCAGCCGAGGCGGCAGCAGGCGAGCCGUGGCCCCGCGAGGCCAUGAAGGUGAAGAAGGGCGGCGGCGGGCCCGGGUCGGGGGUGGAGCCCGCUCCGGGGUCCGCGGGCCCGAGCGUGGAGCCCAGACCCGAGCCUCUGUCGCAGACGGAUUCCGAAUCCGGGUCCGAGUCGGAGCCCGAGCCAGGCCCGGAGCCCAGGCCGGGGCCGCUGCAAGGGAAGCAGCCGAUCGGACCGGAGGAUGUGCUGGGGCUCCAGCGGAUCACGGGCGACUACCUGUGCUCCCCCGAGGAGAACAUCUACAAGAUCGACUUCAUCAGGUUUAAGAUUCGGGACAUGGAUUCGGGCACAGUCCUCUUUGAAAUUAAGAAGCCCCCAGCCUCAGAGCGGUUGCCCAUCAACCUGCGGGACAUGGACCCCAAUGCCGGGCGCUUUGUCCGCUACCAAUUCACCCCUGCCUUUCUCCGCCUGAGGCAGGUGGGAGCCACGGUUGAGUUCACGGUGGGGGACAAGCCUGUCAACAACUUCCGCAUGAUCGAGAGGCACUACUUCCGCAACCGGCUCCUCAAGAGCUUCGACUUCCACUUUGGCUUCUGCAUCCCCAGCAGCAAGAACACCUGCGAGCACAUCUAUGACUUUCCCCCGCUUUCCGAGGAGCUGAUCAACGAGAUGAUCCGUCAUCCGUAUGAAACCCAGUCAGACAGCUUCUACUUCGUGGAGGACCGGCUGGUGAUGCACAACAAAGCCGACUACUCCUACAGUGGGGCGCCCUGACCCCCCACCCCAAGCUGCCCCCCUACUCCCGGACACUUCUGCGCGCCCUCAGUCAGGACUUCCCCAGCACGCACCUCUCCAUCCCAGAUUUUCUGCACCCUGAACUCGGAGUCAGCUUAGGGAGAGGGGCUACCCCGGGCCUCAGUUCACGUCCAGGAUGCCCCUGGGGGCCUGGAGCAGGGGGUGGGUGGGGGCCGCCAGGGGGAUGUUUUGCCUCCGUAAUCGGAAGUUCUCCUGAGAGAGGAGAGGUCAGAACUCCCGCUAGCCUCGCUGCUUCUCUGGAGCCCACCCCUGUAUCCCGGUCACCCUACAGGCUUUCAGGGUUGAACAUUCACAGGUGACAAUCCAGGGUGGAGAUCAGGCUUCCAGGCCACCUGAGGGAUUCUGGGGUCCUGACCCCACUCCCAAACCUGUAUCUUAGUGGGGCCCGGGCACUGCCUGAGUUGUGAUAGGGCCCAGCCGACUACAGCCUGUGGUCAGGGUUGGACCCCCUGUGUAUAUAGUUUUCAAUAAACUCUUUCUCCUUUUCCGUUCUCUA